CUCUCUCACACACACACACACACACAGUGCAUCCUCUUCUGCAGGAGCUGCUUUAUUCCUGAAGUCAGGCACAGAGGACAGACUCUGAAUCCGCAAACCAGCCUUGUAAACCCGGAUGAGGAGGAAGAGGCAUCGAUCAUGAGGAAGGAAAUGCAGAAAUGAAGGAUCACAGAGAUCAAACACCCGAUGCCGAGCGGCAGCAGAAGAGGCUCCAUAUUCAAGGUGGAAAUCUUCCUUGGCGAUCUCUGUAAAGCUCAGAGACGUGUGCUUCAUCUGUAUUCAGCAUCGUCCUCAUUUUCAUCUUCAUCAUCCUCUUCUUCAUGGUCGGCAGCUUCAGCAGGUGUGCAGGUCACAGAAACACUGGAGAAUCUCUGCAGGACGGCCGAGGCCUGAUCACAGAUCAGCGGACACCAGCUGCGCAUUCAAAAGAGGAGAAGAAGAGGAGUCUCCAGCGGGACUGAAACCUUAAUCACUGCAGGAGUUACUGGAGCCUCGCGUUAUUGAUAGGAGAGGGUUCAAGUUAUUGAUAGAGUUAGGGUUAUUGAUAGGGUUAGGGUUCGAGUUAUUGAUAGGGUUAGGGUUCGGUACUUGAUAGGACAUUGAACAGUGAUGAGGCUUGGCUCCGGCCUGUCGUCCUGACUCUAGCGCUGGGUUUCUGGAACAUCUCGAGUUUCUGUCUUUAAAGAUGUGAACUGCUUUUCUACAGUAAACCCUAAAAGAACAAACAGAAAUGUUGGAGCUUUAAGGUCAGCAGGCGUGAGCUCUUAUACUUGCUGGUUGAUCACAUUUCUGCUCUGUGACCCCGGUGUUGUAAAAGUGGGGAUCAUCUGGCCCCUGGGGGUCCGGGCUGCGGCCCCGGCUCCUGCCCCGAACCCUAAGAUGCGCCGCUCGAGUACGGACGAAACCCCGUACCGCCGCAGCCCAUCUGUGGACAGUAAGUCGGGGUCGCCGCCUCUACGAUACAGCGGCGAGUACGAGUACCACAGCUCACCCUUCGUCUUCGGCCUGCGCACCACACCCGGCCCCAAGACUAAAGCCAGCUACACCAGUGCGCAGGGCAGAAAAUAUGUGGUGUUUUACCUGGAUCUGUCCUUCAUCUUCCUCCUAGAGCUGCGGCGCUGCAGGAUGGCGGAGGGCUGUCUGCGGGCGCUGCGAUACGGGAUGGUGUUCUUCAAUCUGCUCUUCUGGCUGUGUGGCUGUGGGAUUCUGGGAGUUGGAGUUUGGCUCUCCAUCACGCAGGGAAACUUCGCCACACUCUCGUCCUCGCUGCCGUCGCUCUCCGCCGCUAACCUACUGAUCGCCGCGGGCACCGUUGUCAUGGUGAUCGGCUGUCUGGGCUGCGUGGGUGCGGUCAAGGAGAACCGGCCAUUGCUGCUCAGUUUCUUCAUCCUCCUGCUCCUGAUCUUCCUGCUGGAGAUCCUCUUCAUCAUCCUGUUCUUCGCCUAUCAGGAUCAGAUUGAUCUGUAUGCUCAGAAUGACCUGAAGAAAGGCCUGCAGCUCUUCGGGACUGAGGGCAACAUCGGUCUGACCAACGCCUGGAGCAUCGUGCAGACAGACUUUCGCUGCUGUGGAGUGACCAAUCACACAGACUGGUUUCAGGUGUAUAAUGCCUCUCGUGUGCCGGACUCCUGCUGUCUGGAAUACAGUGAUAACUGCGGCCUGGAGAACCCCGGCACCUGGUGGACAGCUCCAUGUUAUGAGAGAGUUAAAGGUUGGCUGCAGGAGAAUCUGGUGGCUCUGUGGAUUUUCGCUUUGUGUACGGCCCUAACACAGAUCCUGGGUCUGGUGUUCUCCAUGACCAUCUUCUGUCACACAGUGAAGGCAGCGGACACUUACUAUGCGUAGACUCUUGGCGGAGCAGAACUGACCAAUCCCAGCUCAGCUGUUCUCUGAUCUCUCACACACACACACACACACACAGGGAUCUUCAGGAUGUUCUUCAGUGUAAAUAUGCUGUCUGUCUGGGAAACUGUGGGGCGACGCUACACACAGCUGCCAUCGCUGAUCAUCUAGACUGAGCUCAGGAGAUGGAGGGAGGACGCUGGUGAAGAAGAACAGCAGAGUAAAGGAGAGCUGUGUUUAUAAUCAGUCAGGCAUCUGCAGCGCAGCUCUUCAGCGCACACACACACACACACACACACACACACGUUAAACAUUAAUACUGUAUAUUUCAUCAUUUAACCCCUAAAGCACACCUGUUAGUCGAGCAUCAGUGUGUUCCUGUGUUUAACUGAGGAAUAAAUUUACAGAAAACACA